CGUCUGAGACGCCUGUGGCAGUGUACAGAGUUUGGAUAAGCUACUCAGUUGACCUUGCCGCUUAACGUUGACCGCAAACAGCGUGCCGUCCUGACAAAACAUGACAAGUUUAAGUUUACCUGAUAUGCCACAGUUGCCUGUGCCUGUAUUACCAAGCUCAGGUUUCAGGUUAACCAAAGAACAUUUCCUGGUUGCUGUGCCAGUGGCAGUAGUCGCAGCGGCCGGAGGUUUUUUAGUCAGCCAAUACCUGAGCAGCCGCAGCUGUAAGAAGAGCCAGGUGAACAUGUCCGUCAGCAAAGACAGUCCCAAGGUGGUCCACAGCUUUGACAUGGAGGACAUUGGCACCAAGGCUGUGUACUGUCGCUGCUGGAAGUCAAAGAAGUUCCCUUAUUGUGACGGUGCCCAUACCAAACACAACGAGGAAACGGGCGACAACGUUGGACCGCUCAUCAUCAAAAAGAAGGAUGCUUAAUCACACGAGUCAGAGAAUCCCGUCCUCCCUGACUGCUCAUCCAUCCGGGCUGGCUCAUCUUUUAUCAUUAUCCUUGCCGUGUCACAGUGACUGACAGUAAUGCAGCCAGAACAAACUGUGGAUAUUCCUCAUAAUUUUGUGCACUCCUCACUGUUCCCACAGCAAUUCAUACGACUUUGAAAGCAAAGAUAAUUUCAGAGCAGAUGAGGAAGGGACUUUGACCAUCAUUAAUCAGACAUGGUGGUAUUCGGAUCAGCCUUAACUGGUUUAAACAUUUGCUGGUUUGGUGGCCUGAUGUCACCUGUGCCCCCUCAUUGUUUGCUGCUGUUGAUGUGGAACAGAUGGUGGAAACAUGAAACCGGUUCUUAGCUUCCAUCAGUUCAGUGUUUCCGUUGAUUUCUGCAAAGGCCUUACAUUUAAAUCUGCAACCCAUAUGAAUGUUACGUCAAAUUAUUUUGUUUGUUUUCGCUGCUUAACCAGAAGAAAUGGAAGCCAUGUUUGUCUUAAAUUUAAUGACAUUUAAUUGAGAUUUAAUCUGUUUGACUAGUUCCUGUCUGACAGCUGAGGAAUACUCUUUCAUGUAAUGUGUACAGUAUCGAAAGGUUAAAUCUAAUUGCAAAGAAUAUAUUUUGCUUUUUCAUUAGAUUUAUUUUCUACUGGCUGUGGUGUGUUUAAUUCAUUGUUCUGUAUAUUGUUAAUAAAACUUCUUGAGUGAU